AUGGUCACUAAGAGUUUAGACACAUGAUUCACAGGUGCACUGCUUUAUAAAAACGUAAACCUUUUAACCAAAAGUGCGGUAUGUGAAAGAAAAUAAUUCUGACACUGUGGUGUAGGGUACAUUCAAGAAGCCAAAACGGUUUCGUGUUCUCAAAUGUUCCAUAGCUAUUCUUAGUAAGGGGCAUGUGAUAGCAGUUGGUGAAUUGUUUUGAAUGCAGCUCACAUUAGACGUAGGAGUUACCCUCUCUCAGCAGCAUCAAAUUUACGUUAAUUUGAUGGCCAAUGCAACCGUUCUGAACAGUCUAGAAUAACUUCACAAUGCGGGAAUUGUUCUGAAUUGUGAUUAUCCACGGAUGACCCAGUUCCUGUUGGCUGAGACAUCAUUCACAAUACGCGGUGAGACUGACGAGGCGGGACCAGCGACAGGAUGGUGGAGCGGUCGGACCGAGCCCCUCUGCUGGACUGGGAGGAGGUUCCGUCCGCGGAGAAGCUCGGCGGUGCAGCACCAGCACCUCACCCUAAGGAACGGCAGUCAAGCCACUCCAACAGCCGUGUGUUACCAGGAUGCUCCACGCCGGGGUUUGAGUGGAGCAACGGUCCGGGGGGUCACACUCCCAGCAGAUCUGUCUCCAGCUCAGACGGCUGCAGCACCCCGCCCUUAACCUCCAACACCCCGGUGGGCACGGAUGAAAGGCUGCGUCCCGACAAGGAAGAGCAUCUGUCGGAUUCAGGACCGAGAGAGGUGUCGCUGGAAGAGAGGAUGGUGAAAUGGGAGGAAAAGGACCAGAUUGUGUCGGUUUUUGUGGUUACAUUCAAUACCAGAUCAGGAAACAUGCUGGAGUGGUGUCUGCCCAAAGACAUGGACCUGGAGGGAGUGGAGUUCAAAGCCAUUGCCAGCGGCUCCCACCGAGUCACCACAGACUUCAUCUAUUUCCGCAAGGGUUGCUACUUUGGCCUUGCCUGCUUUGCCAACAUGGCGGUGGUGAGCACGGUGGAGAGGGGCGCGAGGAUGAAGUCAGUAGGGAUCCUGUCUACUUCCUACACACUGCUCUACCGCUAUAUGAGCUUCCUGGAGCACCAGGUCAGGCUGCAGCUCCACUCCCCAGGCCAUUACUCGCCUCUAGAGGCCUUCUAUGAGGACAAAAGAGCGCUCCUGCCGCCCAGUGGAGAUCGUGUUGUUACUGCAUGUCAAGCCAAUGCCUGGGGAGCUGCAAUCAACCACAGCAUGCACCCUGAGAUGAAGAUCACCCAUCCAGCAGGCUGUAUGUCCCAGUUCAUCCGCUUCUUUGGGGAGCAGAUCAUGGUUCUGUGGAAACUGGCUCUCCUCCGCAGACGCAUCCUCAUCUUCUCCCCUCCUCCCGUGGGUGUGGUCUGCUACAGGGUUUACUGCUGCUGUUGCCUGGCAAACAUCUCCAUCCCCGGGGUCAGUGUGGCUGUGCCCAAGUUCCGCCCCUUCUUCUAUGUUAAUGUGGCUGAUAUCAGUGCCCUGGAGAAUGAGCUUUCCUAUGUAGCAUGUACUACUGAGAAAAUCUUUGAGGAGAAGAAGGAUCUCUACGAUGUGUAUGUAGACAAUCAGAAUGUAAAAACCUACAGAGAUGGUCUGAAGCCUCUUCUUCGCCUCAGUACCGCAGACCGGGAGAAAUAUCGCAAACUCACAGAGCAGAGGCAGAUGUUGCUGUACUCCCAGGAGGAAAAUGGAGACUGUGUCUCCAGUGAAGAGGAUCUCUUUAUUUUGUUUUUUCUGGAACAGAACAACCAAAUUUUCCAGACCCUUACAGAUGUGGCGGGAAGCCCUGAUCCCACAUUGACACAGGAGAGUGUGAGAGCCAUGGGUCUGGAUCCCCAUGGAGACAGGCUCUUCCUGCUCCAUCUGCUGGAGAUGUACGGCUAUGACACCCUGCUGGUGUCUGAACAGCUCUGCUGCAGCUGAGACAACGGACAAUUAGAUUUUCUGCUUUUUAUAACUGCUGGUUUUAAAAGGGAGUUGAUUUGCCUUCAGCUAACUCUGUGCACUGCACUACUGGCUUCUUGGAGUCUUCAAGACUGUUUGAGCCUCCAGAAAUGUCUCUGGUUUAACUUUUUUGUUGUUGUACAUCUCCUUGUCCUCCUUUUGUUCACCAUGGUUCUGCUCCCUCACAACCUGAUGGCAAGAGCAACAAUAAAAGUCAACUCUCAUGGUCAAUUCUGCUUGAUAGAUACUCGUGGUUGAGAUGGAUUUCUUACUCCACAGCAAGAAUGAUUCUUCAUGUAGAACAUACAGUACUGGGACAUUAAGUUGAAUGACAGAGCAAAAGACUUAUUAUGAGAUGAAGUUAUUGGUUUGGAGAUUUUCAGUGAACAAAAAAUGCAGUGAUUAAUGUAUGAAAGUAAAAGAGAGGUAGCCUUUUUGUAAAUAAUCUUAUUUUUUUCCUUUGUGUACCAUGUGUCAGCGUAUUUGUGAUAUGGUGUCUGACUCUGCCUGUGUUCCUAUCCUAGUAUCAAGUGGUGGAUAUAAACAUCCCAUUUUAAGCCUUUAUUAUUGAAAUCACAGUCUCCUUUCUUGAAAUGUGUCAUUACUAGCAGGUCAAACCACCUUUGUCUUCGAGAUCCAUGACUCUAACCACUGCUGUUUAUCCAGUAAUUCCAUUUAAUGUCAAUACUAAAAAUAAUCUUUUUUUUUUUUUGCUUAUGUUGAAACCAACUCAGAUUUUCUAAUGAUGUCCAACAGGAAAUGGUCUGUAGAAAUUGCUUGUAUACUCUAGUUUAGCUGGGCCUGCAUUUCAGAAUAAGCUGUUACAAAAAUUUUCAGUCACUGUUUAGUGUUUCAUGCUUUUCUCAAAGGUCCAGUUGUGUUUUCAGCUCUUCUAUCAAGAGAAAGACAGGGAAUUAACUCACUACUUCAGAUGAUUCUUUCAAUUCGUAGACAAAAACUUGAUUUUUUAACAGCCAUCAUACAGCCAACUGAAAAGGAUAUCUCAGAAAUGGGUAUAGACACAAUUCCAUACCUUUUAAGUUCUGCAUAUUUGUUUCUUUGUUAUUGGAAAGUGAAGCAAGAAACUUAAAGCUGCUAUAAUCCAUAUUUCUAUAACAACAAUGUAUCAAAUGACAAUGCGAAAACAAUGUGAAAGGGGUCAUCUGUAGUGAUGAACCUACAGAGAAUCGUGUAAACGUGUAGCAAACAAUUGCAUAAUUACACAUCCAGCGAUCACAGAAAAGCAUUAGCAUUCAUGUGGUGGUAUGUAUUUUGUUUGUGUUUUUUUUUUUUUAGCUCUACUUGGUCUUCACUAACUCUUGAGAAAAAUAGCUGUGUCUUUUAGCUAUUCGCUGUUUACAUUUUACAUCAGCUAGCUGUAGCUGUAGCUUGUUUAUUGUAACUUUUUGCUAAAAACUUGAUGCUGGGGACAUGAUUGAUGAGAGCAGUGAGAUUGAACCAUACAUUGAAUGUCCCAUAAACUCAUAACUAGCUAAAGGGCUAAAAAGCUCCACAGAACAACAGAGAUUAGCAAUAAUUCUCUGCAAGUUUGUCAAAAACAGUAGCUCCUUUCAGAUUACAUGCUGUCAUUUGAAUCUCUGUAUAUAAUUUAUUAAUUUGGCUUUAAUAAAUUUCUCCCUUUAGUGGGACAUUUUCAGUCUCAGCCUGCAUUCAUUCAUAGAUAAGUAGUUUAGCAAUAAAUGUGAAACACCAAGAUCAGUGUUCGGGGGAAAU